AUGAGCGCGCAAUAUCGAGACCCGGCCACACCAGCCAAGGUCAUCACCCGCCCCAGGACCAUGUUCACGCCGCGCACGACUGUGCCGCGGCCAGCGCUUGCUAACCACAACGACAACGUCCCCCCGCCCGACUCGCCUAGUAGGCUGUCACCCGCGCCGGGCUCGCAUCCCAAGCUCAAGAUCAAGUCCGCAACGACGCCCGAGGCGCGCCAACGCAUGCUCGUCAAGCCCAAGGCGACGCCGCUGGCCAAGUCUAAGUUCAACAACGUGCAAGAAGAGGACGAUGUUUGGGGAGCUGGCACGAAUGUCGUUGCCGUGCUCGACUCGAUGGAGCCCGCUCCCAAGCUCGACGAGAAGGAGACCGUCCUCGUCACGGUUCGUGCGGCUGAGCUCAAGAGCGGCGAUGCUUCGUCCGUCUGGUCGACGCCCGACUACGACAACCGCAUGAUCAAGUGUCUCAAACCGCGUGAUCACCAGCAGACCCAGUGGUCCUUUGCCGCCAUGGAUGGCUACAACGCCGUCAUCUUCGCCUACGGCCAGACUGCGUCUGGUAAGACGUUCACGUUGACGGGUGCGCCGAGCAACCCGGGUAUCAUCCCGCUCGCGAUCGCAGACAUGUUUGCGCAGAUCCGCUCGACCCCUGACCGCGAGUACCUUCUUCGUGCAUCGUACAUCGAGCUGUACAACGAGUGCAUCAUCGACCUGCUCUCGCCUACGGGAACGAAGGAGCUCACGCUGAGCGAGGGCAAGAAGAAGGGCGAGGUCGUGAUCAACGGACUGACGGAGCUCGGUGUGCGAUCCGAGGAAGACGUGCGGGAGCUUCUGCGCCGUGGUGAGGAAAAGCGCAAGGUCGGAACGACGGAUUGGAACGCUCGCUCAUCGCGCUCCCACUGUGUGUUGCGCCUCGUGAUUGAGUCGCGCGUGCGCUCUGAUAACGCAUACACGCCCGGCCGCGACAAGGCAACACGCAUCAGCACGCUGUCCAUUAUCGACUUGGCUGGUUCCGAGAAGCACACGAGCUCCAAGGAGCGCAACGCCGAGGGCAAGCACAUCAACCAGUCGCUACUCACGCUCAAGAUCGUCAUCUCAAAGUUGGCCGACAUGGCCCAGAAGCGCACGGUCAUGCAUGUCAACUACCGUGACAGCAAAUUGACGCGACUGCUGCAGCCGUCUCUUUCGGGCGACGCCCUUAUCUCGGUUAUCUGCACGAUCUCCCCGGCUUACAUCAACGUGGGCGAGUCGAGCUCGACACUCGGCUUCGCGCAGGGGCUGAAGCGCGUCGUGCUUUCCGCGAAGCGCAAGGACGUGCACGACCCUGAGGCAUUGAUCCAGCAGUACCAGAACGAGAUUGCCGAGCUUCGCGCGCUGCUGCGGCAGAAGGACUCGCAGCCGUCGUCGCUAUCGAGCAAGAGCGACCGCGCUCGCGAUGCCGAGAUGGAGAGCCGUCUGACGGAGCUGAAGAGUCUCAUCCUGAACUCGUCUACGGUCGACGAGGCCGGCUCGCAGCCGCACGUCAUGCGACCUCUUUCACCCACGAAGGUGCGAUACCAGGAGCUGAACUACGACAAGACCUCCUCCAAGCUGCAGGAGGAGCUGCACCUCGCCGAGCUGCGGAACAGCGAGCUCGAGGACGAGGUCGCGCAGCUCAAGGCUGAGCUGGACAUCCGGCCGAAGGACCCAGACGAGCGCGUCGUCGCGCUGCAGCAGGAGGUGAACCAGCUGCGCAUGAUCGCGUCCGACUACGAGCGGCACCUGCGCGAGCCGGACCGCAAGGUGCGGGAGGACGUCGAGAAGGAGUGGAAGGGGCGGUACAACCAGCUCGAGAACCGGCUCGCGUCCAAGACGACGUGGGCCGAGCGCCUGGACGAGAACUUACGCCGCACGUUUGCGGAGAAGGCCGCGCUCGAGCUGCGCUGCAAGGAGGCCGAGGCCAAGGUGCUCGCCGUAUUCGAGUGGGUCACGAAUGCGCUCGACGGAGAAAACGGCGACGAUUACUCUGACGACGACGACGAGAGCGACCAGGACACAGUCGGCGACUUUGGAGCCGGCGCGCAGAUGAAUGGCGCCAACGGCAUGUCGAGGCGGAGACGGGGUAGGAACUCGAGCCGCGACUGGCAGUCCGAGUUCCAGAGCUUUGUUGGCAGUCUUGGCGCUCGCCCGCCGAGGAAUAAACUCCUCAGGGACGAGACCGUCCCCGCCCUCGCUAGCGUCGAGGACGACGACAUGUUCUAA